AUGAACACAGAGAAGGAGAAGGAGUGGUUGUUUAUCACCGUAGCGAAACCUUUACGUUGGACAAAGAAGAACAUCCGAAUGGCGAAGAGAGAGGGAAAGAAACAAUCGAAGCAAGCUUCCCCGACUGAGCUACCGCUUGUAAGGAGUCGAUCUCCCUCCAAAUCUUCUGGCAUGCAAAAGACUCUGAUGGAGGGACUAUCCACUCCGAUUAGUAGCGAGAAUAAGGGAAAUCAAAUGCUAAAGAAACUGGGCUGGGAAGGAGGAAGCUUGGGACAGCAAGGGCAUGGCAUUGUGGAGCCGAUAGGAAUUCAUAUUAAGCGCGAUAACAAGGGAAUUGGCGCCACAACAGGAAAAGGAAAUACAUCGGACAGCAACAUGUGCUUUGUCCGUUCUUCUACCAAUUCUUCGAUGUAA